GCUAAACAUCCGGCGGGCACGCGAGUGAGUGAGUAGUGUGUGUGGAGGAAGAUGGCGGCACUGAUCCUCCCGUCUGACUGGCUCAAAAACUGGGACAAAUCUGGCAAAAAUGAGUUUUUACAGUUUUGCCAGGAUCUUGCAGGGAAACCCAGUAUUCAUGAGUUUGUUAAAGAUCUACAGACAGCCUUGUAUGAGCUUUGCUGGCAUGUUAUCCAGGGCAAUCUGAAGGUGGACGUGGCUGCCAGUCUCCUGGCUGAUGUUAUGGAACUGCGAGAUGAUCUGCCAUCUAUUUUAGCUGAUGUUUUCUGUAUAUUAGAUAUUGAGACUGGAUGUCUAGAGGAGAAACACAAACGUGAUCAUUUUACCCAGCUGGUUGGAGCAUGUUUGUUCUGUGUUCCUGAUGGGGUGCUAAAGGAGAGGUUAGAUCCAGAAACACUGGAGUCUCUGGGUUUGAUCAAACAGGCACAGCAGUUUAACCAGAAGAUUGUAAAAAUCAAGACCAAACUAUUUUACAAACAGCAGAAGUUCAAUUUAUUGCGGGAAGAGAAUGAGGGUUACGCUAAGCUGAUCACUGAGCUCGGUCAGGAUCUCUCCAGCAAUCUAACCAGCCACCUCGUCCUUGAAAACAUCAAAUCUUUAAUAGGAUGUUUUAAUCUGGAUCCGAACCGUGUUCUGGACAUCAUCUUAGAAGUGUACGAGUGUCGCUCUGAACACGACGAGUUUUUCGUCCCCCUCAUUAAAUGCUACAUGUGUGAACAUCAGACCCUCUGCCACAUGCUCGGCUUCAAGUUCAAGUUUCAUCAAGAACCUAAUGGAGAAACACCAUCAUCUUUGUACCACGUCGCAGCUGCUCUUCUUCAGCACAACCUCAUAGCUCUUGAAGACCUCUAUGUUCAUCUCCUCCCUGUAGAUUUCACCAUAGUGGAAGAGCACAAGAGAGUGAUCCUGGAGGCCAAACAGAUCGCCCGCAAACUCACCAUGGUGGUUGUCCCCUCUGAAAAGAGCGAUGACAAGGAGAAAGAAAAGGAAAAGGAAGAGGAAAAGAAUGAGAAGCCUCCUGAUAACCAGAAGCUGGGAUUGCUGGAGGCUCUGCUGCGGAUCGGUGACUGGCAGCACGCUCAGAGCAUCAUGGAUCAGAUGCCAGCUUUCUAUGCCACCUCCCACAAGGCCAUCGCCAUCGCAUUGUGCCAACUGCUGCACCGCACCGUGGAGCCGCUGUACCGCAGGGCUGGUAUGCCCAAAGGUGCCAAAGGUGGUUUGAUGGCACCUCUCCGGAACAAACAGGCACCGCAACCGGCCGAAAGCUUCGAUGACCUAUCCAAAGACGUUUUCAUCAUGCUGUGCUAUUUGGGUCCUCAUCUGUCCCAUGACCCCAUCCUAUUUGCAAAGAUCGUGCGACUGGGCAAGAGUUUCAUGAAGGAGUACCAAAGUGAAAGCAGGCAGGAAACCAAGGACAAAAUGGACUCUCUGCUGAGCUGUUUUCUCAGUAUUGCUGAUCAGGUGUUGUUGCCGUCUCUGUCGCUCAUGGAGUGCAACGCCUGCAUGUCAGAGGAGAUCUGGGGCUUCUUCAAACUUUUCCCCUAUCAAUACAGGUAUCGGCUGUAUGGACAGUGGAAGAACGACACGUACGGCAAUCAUCCGCUCUUGGUGAAGAUCAAGGCUCAGACAGUAGACAGAGCAAAAUACAUCAUGAAGCGACUGACUAAAGAGAACGUGAAGCCUUCAGGAAGGCAGAUUGGGAAGUUAAGCCACAGUAACCCCACCAUUCUCUUUGAUUACAUUCUCUCACAGAUUCAGUGGUACGACAACCUCAUAACUCCAGUGGUGGACUCUCUCAAAUACCUCACGUCUCUAAACUACGAUGUGCUGGCUUAUUGCAUUAUUGAAGCUUUAGCCAACCCGGAGAAAGAGAAGAUGAAGCACGAUGACACCACCAUUUCAUCAUGGCUGCAGAGUCUUGCUAGUCUUUGUGGAGCUGUUUUCCGGAAGUAUCCCAUUGAGUUGGCUGGUCUUUUGCAGUAUGUGACCAACCAGCUGAAAGCAGGCAAGAGUUUUGACCUUCUGAUCCUGAAGGAGGUGGUACAGAAGAUGGCAGGCAUUGAGAUCACAGAUGAAAUGACUGUGGAGCAGCUGGAGGCCAUGACAGGUGGAGAACAGCUCAAGGCCGAGGGUGGCUACUUUGGGCAGAUAAGGAACACAAAGAAGUCAUCUCAGCGUCUGAAGGAUGCUCUUCUGGACCAUGAGCUUGCCCUGCCUCUCUGUCUGCUGAUGGCCCAGCAGAGGAAUGGCGUUGUCUUCUCAGAAGGGGGAGAGAAACAUCUCAAACUCGUGGGCAAACUUUAUGAUCAGUGUCACGACAGUCUUGUGCAGUUUGGUGGCUUCUUGGCGUCUAACCUCAGCACAGAAGACUACAUCAAGAGAGUACCGUCAGUCGAUGUCCUCUGUAAUCAGUUUCACACGCCACAUGACGCAGCCUUCUUCCUGUCUCGGCCCAUGUACGCCCAUCAGAUUCUGUCCAAGUAUGACGAACUGAAGAAGGCAGAGAAGGGCAACAGUCAGCAGAAGAAGGUGCACAAGUACAUAGCGGCUUGCGAGCAGGUCAUGGCCCCCGUGCACGAGGCCGUCGUGUCCCUUCAUUUGCCGAAAGUGUGGGAUGAUCUGCGACCCCAGUUCUACGCCACGUUUUGGUCCCUCACCAUGUAUGACCUGGCUGUACCUCACAAUGCCUAUGAUCGGGAGGUCAACAAGCUCAAGUUGCAGAUCAAGGCCAUUGAAGAAAACACGGAGAUGCCAAUGAACAAAAAGAAGAAAGAGAAGGAGCGUUGCACAGCACUACAGGACAAGUUGCAGGAGGAGGAGAAGAAACAGCUGGAGCACGUGCAGAGGGUUCUUCACCGCCUUAAACUGGAGAAAGACAACUGGUUACUGGCCAAAUCCACUAAGAACGAAACCAUCACCAAGUUCCUGCAGCUUUGCAUUUUCCCCCGCUGCGUCUUCUCGGCCAUCGAUGCCGUCUAUUGCGCUCGCUUCGUCGAGCUGGUGCACCAGCAAAAGACACCCAACUUCUGCACCCUGCUCUGCUACGACAGGGUGUUUUCUGACAUCAUCUACACGGUAGCGAGCUGCACAGAGAACGAGUCGCGGCGCUACGGCCGUUUCCUGUGCUGCAUGUUGGAGACGGUGACUCGAUGGCAUAGUGACAGGGCUGUCUAUGAGAAGGAGUGUGGCAAUUAUCCAGGGUUCCUGACUAUUUUCCGAGCCAGUGGUUUUGAUGGCGGGAACAAAGCGGAUCAGCUGGACUAUGAGAACUUUCGGCAUGUUGUCCACAAAUGGCAUUACAAAUUGACUAAAGCAUCAGUUCACUGUCUGGAGACGGGCGAGUACACCCACAUCCGUAACAUCUUGAUUGUCCUCACCAAGAUCCUGCCCUGGUACCCCAAGGUGCUGAAUCUGGGCCAGGCGCUGGAGUGCCGCGUCCACAAGAUCUUCCAGGAAGAGAAAGAGAAGAGGCCCGAUCUCUAUGCGUUAGCCAUGGGCUACUCUGGGCAAUUGAAAGGCAGGAAAGUGCACAUGGUGCCUGAAAAUGAGUUUCACCAUAAGGAGCAGCCAGUGCGCAGCGCCACGCCUGGCACCGUACAGAACGGACCUGGCAACACCGGCAAGACUUCCGCCACUACAGCUGCCAGCGCUGGCAAAACUGAGGAGGGGGCCAUCGAGGACUCAGAUAAAUCCAAGGAGAAAUCGCAGGCGGCGCAGAAAACUGCCAGCAAAACCAGCAGCGCUGCAAACAAAGCGAGCAGCAACGGAGGCAGCACGCCUAACAGCACUAAAGGGAUCAAAGAGAAGGAGGAUAAAGAAAAGACAGUGAAGGAGAAGAAGGAGAAAAAGGAGAAGAACCCAGCAAACACUCCAGAGGCCAAAACAGGAGGGAAGGACAAACAGAAGGAGGAGAAACCCAUCGACGGCAAAGAGAAGACGCCCAAGGCUGAUAAGGACAAGAGGAAGGAGGACAAGAAAGAAGAGAAGAGCAAGAAUGAUGGGAAAUCUGCCGAGAAAGAACGUGACGUGUCCAACGACAGCAAGACAAAGGAAAGCGGCAAGGUGGAGAAGACCGCUGGGGUCGGAGGUCUGAAGUCUCUCACGCCCAGAUCUGAUGGGGUUGAAUCUGAGCGGGAGCAAAAAAGACGAAAGGUUGACACGCACUCGUCACCGUCGCACUCCUCUGCAGUUAAGGACAAUCUCAACGACUCCAAGGACUCCGCAUCAAAGCAUCACCCUAACCACACCACAGUCCUGUCCAAGAGCAAAGAGAGGGACGAGGAGAAGAAAGAGUCUGAGAAAUCCAGGGACCGCUCCAAAGAAAGGGAGAAGAAAGAAGACAGGAAGGAUAGAAAACGAGACUACUCCAACAGCGACCGCGAGAUGAGCCAGGAAGCCAAGCGCCGCAAAGAUGAAAAUGGAAUGAGCUCAUCCAAACACAGCAAGAGCGCCAGCCCCUCCGAUUCGCCGCCCUCAAACGACAAGGACACAGGCAAACGCUCCAAGUCUACCGCCAAGGACAAGAGCGAUCUGGCCAAACCGGAAAAGACCUCGGGAGGCAAAAAGGAGUCUAGGCAUGACAAAGAGAAAUCAGAAAAGAAGAGAGAGAGCACCGGCGCUAAAGAGGACAAGAAACACCAUAAAUCAUCAGAAAAGCACAGAUAAUGCUUACUGGCCCUCAAGCCGUAUUCCCCGCUGUGACCCGCUGCAGGCUGCAGAAUUCAUCAGCCCAAGAUUUCUCAACCAUGUCAGCAUCAUAAGAUUGGUCUUCAUCACCGUCUGGAGGAAAGAGAAUUCCUUUGCACAUUUAGGAAUUUUGCCUGCAUCCAAACUUCUGUUGUUCUGCCUAGAAACGCUCGUCGCUUGUAUUUUAAUCUGCCAUUUUUAUUGUGAUAUUUUCAGUACUUCACUGAAAGUUUGUUUCCUUUAAAUAUUUAGCACAAUGUGCUGCUUGCAUCACAAACAAAUUCAGGUCGAAAUGGUGUGUCGCUCUCGAAUGCUUGCGUUUUUAUGCCCUCGCCUCUAUUACCUUCCUAUUUCGUUGUGUUUUGUUUGUUUUUUAAGAAAGAAGAAAACAAGGCAUCUUCGCCUCGAUUAGGUUUUCACGAUACUACUUUUCCUUCUUUUUAAUUCAUACGUGAUAUUUAGACUAGAUGUUUUGAAGCAGUCCAAAUGCUCUAUUUGUAUAUUAUGUAUACAGAAAUAAAAGGGUUCAGUGUAAUGAGACAUUUCCUGUUAGUUUCAUUUCAAAUGUAAACGCCUCCUGAUUUUCUUGUGUGUUCAAUCACGUUUUUAAAACAUUUGUAUAAAGAAUGGCAAGCCGGAUUUCUCCGGAAAUAAAUGGACUUAAAAAAAACAAACGAUUACUGACUUUACAAACUACUUAAUGAAGUUUUUAUCCGGCAAAGUCUACAAAGUGUAUGCUUUUCUAAAUAAAAUAGUUUUCUUAGUGUAA